AUGGAUUCAUUCUCGGCCUCAUGUUCAAGAUAUGAAAAUUUCACAUUUCUAUGUUCUCCCCUUGUCUACACUGAGAACUUGAAAUAUUCACAGCCUAUAUUAGACUUGCCCUUUCCUCUUUCUUGCUCUCUAGCUUGGUCACCAAAACAAGCAGCCAUGGAAGUUGUAAGAACUUCCUCUGUUUCAUCCAUUCAUAUCCCAACUUCAAUAAGCAAAACCCAAAUCACCAAACCCAAGUUCUUGAAUUUUCAGUUUAAUCCAAUACCCAGUUCGUCUUUCUCAAGAAUUCAUGGAAAAACACCAUCAAAAUCCAAGCUUUUUACCGCCAUAUCACCAUCACCAUCCUCUGUCUCAACAGAGUCCAUAGGCCCACCUGAGCCAGAGGUUGAGGUUGACACUAAAGGAGAGAAGUUUGAUUGGUAUGCACAGUGGUACCCACUCAUGCCAGUUUGUGAUUUGGACAAAAGGGUGCCACAUGCAAAGAAAGUGUUGGGUCUUGAUGUUGUGGUAUGGUGGGAUAGGAGUGAGAGUACAUGGAAAGUUUUUAAUGAUGCUUGUCCUCAUAGGUUGGCUCCACUGUCUGAAGGAAGAAUUGAUCAAUGGGGAAGGUUGCAGUGUGUGUAUCAUGGUUGGUGCUUCAAUGGCUCCGGUGACUGCAAGUUCAUCCCUCAAGCACCACCAGAUGGUCCUCCAGUGAACACAUUCAAGAAAGCAUGUGUAGCUGCUUAUCCAAGUACAGUGCAUCAUGACAUUGUCUGGUUUUGGCCGAACACAGACCCACAAUACAAAGAUAUUAUUUUGAAAAAACAGCCUCCCUUCAUCCCAGAAUUGGAUGAUCCAUCAUAUACCAGAACAAUGGGAAAUAGAGAUAUUCCAUAUGGGUAUGAUGUCUUGGUUGAAAACCUCAUGGAUCCUGCUCAUGUUCCCUAUGCACACUAUGGAAUCAUGAGAACACAAAAACCGAAAGUGAAGGUUGAUAGAGAAGGGGGCAGACCUGUUCAAUUGAGUGUCAAGAAACUAGACAUAAAUGGUUUCAUUGGCGAUCAGGAAUGGGGUAUUAGUAAAUAUAUCGCACCGUGUAUCUUUUAUGCCUACACUAAACCUGUGGAGAAUCAGGCUAAUGGAACUGCAUCGUCAGCUGGUACAGGAAAGGAGCGCAAGAUCAUGGAUGUUGGCCCUGCCAAUUGGCAAAAGGCUUGUUUUGUGCCAACGAAAUCGGAUGCCCUUGUGGUUGGUUUCAGAAGAUGGUUAAACAAGUAUGCUGGUGGUGAAGUUGAUUGGAAAGGCAAAUACAGUGGGGCUCUUCCCCCAACUCCUCCCAGAGAACAGCUGAUGGACAGGUACUGGUCCCAUGUGGUAAACUGCCGCAGUUGCAACGCUGCACACAAGGGUCUCAAUGCUCUAGAGGUUGUUCUGCAGGUCGCUUCACUAGCUUUCAUUGGGAUUGUUGCUGCAGCCAAGCAGAAUGCCGUGUCAGUAGCUGCAAGAAAUACAAUGAUAGCAAUGGCAAUAGUAUGCUUUGCAGGUUCAAAAUUGUUGGCUCACUUCAUCUACAAAAACUUCCAUUACCACGGCUACAAUCAUGCUUUUCGCUGA